GACUGAAAAACAAUAACAAUUAAACUAACCUCAAAUUCUGUUUAUCACAUUUUCACUUUCACAUUGAAAUAAUGUGCUUUAUUUAACUGCUCAAAUUUUGUUUAGAUGGACUUAACACGAUUUAGUUGUUUUGCUGGAACUUCUAGGGGCUUUUUACUUUCUCUAGGUGAAAAACCAAAAGAUAUAAAACAUGUGAAACCAGAGGCUUCAUCUGAAGUAACUGCUCUUGCCUUUAACAAAGAUCAGAGCUCAAUAUUCGCCGGUUUUAAGAACGGUGCCAUACAGUCCUAUGAUCCCUUACUAAAUGAAUUCAAAGAUACCAUAUCCAAUCUUUCUGGAAAAGGAAGUGUUGUAGGUUUAGGUUUUACAGAAAAAGGUCUACUUGCUGGAAAAGCAGAUGGUACUGUGAAUAUUUGGAGUGAAAAGAAAAAUGAACAUUUUAAUCUCAGUAUUGGUAAUGAGGGAACACUUGAUUGCCUUGUACUAAAUGAAAAUAGAAAUUGUUUUGGAACUGGAGGUGAAAAAAAUGAUUUGAAGCUCUGGGAUAUAGAGACACAACAAUGCAUUUUUAAAGCCAAAUCGAUGGGCCAUGAUAAACUUAAUUUACCAAUACCUACAUCCAUAAGAGGUAUUACAUUUUUUCCUGAGGAUCCCCAUUUAAGUUGCUGUUGUACAAAAGAGGGCCAUGUAUUGCUAUAUGAUGAUAGGAAACAAAGGCGACCAGUUGUAAAGUUUCUUGAGCCAAAAGCAAGCUAUACUACUAUCGCUUGCGCUUAUAGGGAGAGGCAAUGUUUGGUGGGUACAACUAAAGGAUAUAUGCAACUACUAGAUAUGAAAGCUGGCAAAUGUAUGAAAACUUUCACAACAUUUACAGGAAGUGUUAGUAGUAUUGUAUGCGAUCCAUUGGAACCUUAUGUCUUUUCUGCAAGUUUAGAUAGAUAUUUACGAGUUCAUCAUUUAGAAACUAAAGAAUUAUUGCAUAAGGUAUACAUGAAAAUUAAUUUGACGACAUUGUUAAUAAAGCCAGUCGGUAAAGGAAGAAAAAGAAGAGACUGCUGAAAGGACAAAAGAUAAAGAAACUAUCGUUGGUGACAAUGAAGUUGACGAAGGUAUUGAUGAGGAAUAUGAAAAUAUUUUCAGCAAUAUGGAAGUUAUAGGUGAAAAAUUGAAGAAGAAGAAGAAUAAAAAUAAAAGAGAGAUAGAGGAGAAACAAAUGCAGUUGCCUGUAAAGAAAACUAAGAAAUUGAAACUAAAUACCGAUCAGGAAAAAAUAAAAGCCAAAAGGAAAAUAAAGUCCAAUAACUCUUAAAGGAUAUUUAAGAAAAGUGUUUUUUAUUAAGGCAAUAAAAUCGUUAUAAAUAA